AUGGGGAGCGGCCAGCUCCAUUAUUCUGUGCUAGAGGAAUCCCAGCAUGGUGCCUUUGUGGGCCGCAUCGCCCAGGAUCUGGGGCUGGAGGUGAGCGAGCUGGUGCCUCGGAUGUUCCGGAUGCUGUCCAAAGGAGAGGAGGGCUAUUUUGAGGUAAACCUGCAGAAUGGGAUCUUGUUUGUAAAUUCCCGGAUAGACAGGGAGGAGCUUUGUGUCAAGAAUGCAGACUGUAUUAUUCAUCUGGAGGUGAUUGUGGAGAAACCUCUGAGGUUCUUUCAUGUGGAGGUUGAAAUCAAAGACAUUAAUGACAAUGCUCCUAUCUUCUCUACCAGGGAACAGAUUCUGAGCAUAGCAGAAUUUGUAACAUUAGUUACACGAUUUCCAUUAGAAGGAGCCUCUGAUACAGAUAUUGGUACUAAUGCUCUAUUGACUUACAAGCUCAGUCCAAACAAACAUUUUGUUCUGGAUUCAGGAAAUGAUGAAGUUGAUAGCAAAUCUGUAGUACUCCUAUUGAAGGUGCCACUUGACAGAGAGGAGAGCCCUGUGCAUCAUUUAGUAUUGACAGCCACUGAUGGAGGUGAACCAAAACUCACAGGAACUGUUCAGCUCGUCAUCAAUGUGCUGGAUGUGAAUGACAACCCUCCUGUGUUUAAUCAAUCUAUUUAUAGGGUAAAGUUGCUAGAAAACACCGCCAGUGGGUCAUUAGUUAUUAAUCUGAAUGCAACAGAUUUAGAUGAAGGGCUUAAUGGGGAAAUCUCUUAUUUUUUUAGUAAUAGCCUAAAUCUAGACGUAACAAAGCUAUUUAGUAUCAAUUCUGAUACAGGUGAAAUCACAGUGAUUGGAAAAGCGGACUAUGAAGAAAGUAAUUUUCAUGAACUUCCAAUUCUGGCAAAAGAUAAAGGUAGUUUUCCAUUAUCAGGGCACUGUAAAGUUAUCAUUGAGGUUUUGGACAUGAAUGACAACAUUCCAGAAUUAUCUGUGAAUUCUCUCUCUGUGCCAUUGCCAGAGGAUUCCCCUCCAGGGACUGUGGUAGCCAUCAUGAGGGCUUCUGACAGGGAUUCUGGCAACAAUGGACAAAUAAACUGUUUCCUCAGGCCCACUGGAGUCCCCUUCCAACUCGAGUCCACAUUCAAGAACUACUACUCCCUAAUUGUUGCUGCAAUCCUAGAUCGAGAGCAGGUGGCUGAAUACAGGAUGGUUGUGACAGUGGAAGAUCAAGGUGUUCCACCACUGUCUUCCAGUCUCACCCUCUUAGUGCCUAUCAGCGAUAUAAAUGACAAUGCUCCAGCUUUCCCACAGCCCUCCUACACAGUCUUUGUGAAGGAGAACAAUCCCCCUGGUGCUCACAUCUUCACAGUAUCUGCCACAGACCCAGACAUCGCUGAGAAUGCUCUGAUCACCUACUGGAUAGAUGAGAACCUCUGGCCAUUGUCAAGCUACAUCUCUGUACAUUCGGAGAGUGGAAAGCUCUAUGCUUUGCAGUCCUUGGACUAUGAGGAGUUGAAACUGCUGGAGUUCCAGGUGAGAGCCAAGGAUGCCGGAAUGCCUUCCUUAUGUGGCAAUGCGACUGUUCAAGUCUUUGUGAUGGAUGAGAAUGACAAUGCACCUUCUGUAUCAAGGUCAUCAGAAGAGAACCUGAUUCUUCUAGCGGUCCCUGUGAUUCCUGGGCAUAUUGUAGGGAAGAUCCAUGCCUUGGAUGCAGAUUCUGGAUACAAUGCAUGGCUAAGCUAUGAACUGCUUGAAGAAAGCAAUGGUCCUUGGACUGUAGGGCAGUUUAGUGGUGAGGUGAGUACCAAAUAUUCUUGGGAUGAGUCAGAAGGAAGCAAAAUCCAGAGUGUGUUGGUUCUUGUGAAGGAUCAUGGGAUACCUCAACUCUCAGCUACAGCUACUCUGAGUGUGUCAUUGGUGACAAGUUUCCAGACCAUGAAAACAGCUGUUCACUUCCCCAAGUCUGGAGAGAGCUUCAUGCCUCCGGUGAACUCCAUGAACAUCUAUUUGAUCAUUGCCAUCUGCUCUGUUUCCAGCCUGUUCCUGCUGGCCAUUUUUGUUUAUAUGGCUCUACGAUGUCACUCCAAGGCAAAGGAAUCCAUGGUGUAUGGCCCUGGCAUGGCCACCCUUGUCUGUGCUAGUGAAGUAGGCAGCUGGUCCUAUUCCAAUCGCCACAGCCACAUCCUGGCAGGUGUGAGCACAGAGGCUGGUGCCAAGAGUGACCUUAUGAUUUUCAGUCCCAAUAUUCCUGUUUCUACAGAUAACGUGGACCAUAGAAAUCGGAGUGAACUGCUUCCAGACACAUCCAAAGAGUCCUCUGUACUGCCUCAUGCUAGGAAGUUGCUCCUGGGAGAAGAAGUGAAGAACACCAGUAGUUUAUUCCAAGGAUAUAAAUCCCAGCUAGGUCACCAAGGUGUGAAGUUAAUCCCAUUUGCCCAGCUAAACAAGAUAUUGAGAGAAAAAGAAAAGAGCUUGCUGGUGUUAUGCCCAUGUCUGCAAUUUACCUGGCUGAAGGGGCUGCUGCAGCUGCUUCUGCUCCACACCGCCUGGAAAAUGGGGAGCGGCCAGCUCCAUUAUUCUGUGCUGGAGGAAUCCCAGCAUGGUGCCUUUGUGGGCCGCAUCGCUCAGGAUCUGGGGUUGGAGGUGAGCGAGCUGGUGCCUCGGAUGUUCCGGAUGCUGUUCAAAGGAGAGGAGGACUAUUUUGAGGUAAACCUGCAGAAUGGGAUCUUGUUUGUAAAUUCCCGGAUAGACAGGGAGGAGCUGUGUGCCAGGAAUGCAGACUGUAUUGUUCAUCUGGAGGUGAUUGUGGAGAAACCUCUGAGGUUCUUCCAUGUGGAGGUUGAAAUCAAAGACAUUAAUGACAAUGCUCCCAUCUUCUCUGCCAGGGAACAGAUCCUGAGCAUGGCUGAACUCAUAACAUCUGGUACCCGAUUCCCAUUACAGAGAGCAUCUGAUGCAGAUAUUGGUACUAACGCUCUGUUAACCCACAGGCUCAGCCCUAACAAACAUUUUGUUCUGGAUUCAGGAAAUGAUGAAGAUGAGACUAAAUCUGUAGUACUUCUAUUGAAGGUUCCGCUUGACAGAGAGGAGAGCCCUGUGCAUCAUUUAGUAUUGACAGCCACUGAUGGGGGUGAACCAAAACUCACAGGAACUGUUCAGCUCGUCAUCAAUGUGCUGGAUGUGAAUGACAACCCUCCUGUGUUUAACCAAUCUGUUUAUAGGGUAAAGUUGCUAGAAAAUACAGCUAGUGGGUCAUUAGUUAUUAAUCUGAAUGCUACAGACUUAGAUGAUGGGAUCAAUAGGGAAAUGUCUUAUUUUUUUACGGAUAGCUUAGCUCUUCAUGUCACAAAGAUGUUUGAUAUAAAUUCUGAUUCUGGGGAAAUCAGAGUGAUUGGGAAAUUGGAUUAUGAAGAAAAUAAGUUCUAUGAACUUCCAAUUGUAGCAGAAGAUAAAGGCAGUUCUCCAUUAUCAGGGCACUGUAAAGUUAUCAUUGAAGUGUUGGACAUGAAUGACAACAUUCCAGAAUUAUCUGUGAAUUCUCUCUCUGUGCCAUUGCCAGAGGAUUCCCCUCCAGGGACUGUGGUAGCCAUCAUGAGGGCUUCUGACAGGGAUUCUGGCAACAAUGGAGAAAUAAGCUGUUUCCUCUGGCCCAUUGGAGUCCCCUUCCAACUUGAGUCCACAUUCAAGAACUACUAUUCCCUAAUUGUUGGUGCAAUCCUAGAUCGAGAGCAGGUGGCUAAAUACAGGAUGGUUGUGACAGUGGAAGAUCAAGGUGUUCCACCCCUGUCUUCCAGUCUCACCCUCUUAGUGCCUAUCAGCGACAUAAAUGACAAUGCUCCGGCUUUCCCACAGCCCUCCUACACAGUCUUUGUGAAGGAGAACAAUCCCCCUGGUGCUCAUAUCUUCACAGUAUCUGCCUCGGAUCCAGACGUAGCUGAGAAUGCUCUGAUCACCUACUGGAUAGAUGAGAACCUCUGGCCAUUGUCAAGCUACAUCUCUGUACAUUCGGAGAGUGGAAAGCUCUAUGCUUUGCAGUCCUUGGACUAUGAGGAGUUGAAACUGCUGGAGUUCCAGGUGAGAGCCAAGGAUGCCGGAAUGCCCUCCUUGUGUGGAAAUGUGACAGUUCAAGUCUUUGUGAUGGAUGAGAAUGACAAUGCCCCUGCUGUGUCAGGAUCAUCAGAAGUGAACCUGAUUCUUCUAGCGGUCCCUGUGAUUCCUGGGCAUAUUGUAGGCAAGAUCCAUGCAUUGGAUGCAGAUUCUGGAUAUAAUGCAUGGCUAAGAUAUGAACUAGUUGAAGAAAGUAGUGGUCUUUGGACUGUGGGGCAAUAUAGUGGUGAGGUGAGUACCAAAUAUUCUCUGGAUGAGUCAGAAGGAAGCAAAAUCCAGAGUGUGUUGGUUCUUGUGAAGGAUCAUGGGAAGCCUCAGCUCUCAGCCACAGCUACUUUGAGUGUGUCAUUGUUGACAAGUAUCCAGGGCAUCAAAAACUAUAAUCAACAUUCAAUUUCACGAGACAACUUCAUGCCCUUGGUGAACUCAAUUAAUGUCUAUCUGAUCAUUGCCAUCUGCUCUGUUUCCAGCAUGUUCCUCCUAGCCACUCUCAUUUAUAUGGCUCUGAAAUGCCACUGCAAGGCAAAGGAAACCAUGGUGUGUGGUCCUGGCAUGGCCACCCUGGUAUGUGCCAGUGAAGUAGGCAGCUGGUCCUAUUCCAAUCGCCAUAGCCACAUCCUGGCAGGUAUGAGCGCAGAUGCUGGUGCCAAGAGUGACCUUAUGAUUUUCAGUCCCAAUAUUCCUGUUUCUGCAGAUAACGUGGACCAUAGAAAUGGGAGUGAACUACUUCCAGACACAUCCAAAGAGGUAAGUUAUCCUAGAAAAAGAGAAGAGCUUGCUGGUGUUGUGCCUGUGUCUGCAAUGCCUACCUGGCUGAAGGGGCUGCUGCAGCUGCUUCUGCUCCACACCGCCUGGAAAAUGGGGAGCGGCCAGCUCCAUUAUUCUGUGCUGGAGGAAUCCCAGCAUGGUGCCUUUGUGGGCCGCAUCGCCCAGGAUCUGGGGUUGGAGCUGAGCGAGCUGGUGCCUCGGAUGUUCCGGAUGAUGUCCAAAGGAGAGAAAGGCUACUUUGAGGUAAACCUGCAGAAUGGGAUCUUGUUUGUAAAUUCCCGGAUAGACAGGGAGGAGCUGUGUGCCAAGAAUGCAGACUGUGUCCUUCAUCUGGAGGUGAUUGUGGAGAAACCUCUGAGGUUCUUCCAUGUGGAGGUUGAAAUCAAAGACAUUAACGACAAUGCUCCCGUCUUCUCUGCCAGGGAACAGAUCCUGAGCAUGGUUGAACUCAUAACAUCUGGUACCCGAUUCCCAUUAGAGAGAGCAUUUGAUGCAGAUAUUGGUACUAAUGCUCUGUUAACUUAUGACCUUAGCCCAAGCAACCAUUUUAUUCUUGAUACAGGAAAUGAUGAAGAUGAGAGUAAAUCUGUAGUACUUCUAUUGAAGGUGCCACUUGACAGAGAGGAGAGCCCUGUGCAUCAUUUAGUAUUGACAGCCACUGAUGGGGGUGAACCAAAACUCACAGGAACUGUUCAGCUAGUCAUCAAUGUGCUGGAUGUGAAUGACAACCCUCCUGUCUUUAACCAAUCUGUUUAUAGGGUAAAGUUGCUAGAAAAUACAGCUAGCGGGUCAUUAGUCAUUACUCUGAAUGCAACAGACUUAGAUGAGGGAAUUAAUAGAGAAAUUUAUUAUUAUUUUAGUAAUAGCCUACCUCAACAUGUCAGAAAUACGUUUAGUAUAAAUUCUGAUACUGGGGAAAUCAGAGUAGUUGGAAAGUUGGAUUAUGAAGAUAUUAAUUUCUAUGAACUUCCAGUUGUAGCAGAAGAUAAGGGUACUUUAUCUGGACAUUGUAAAAUUUUCAUUCAAGUGUUGGACAUGAAUGACAACAUUCCAGAAUUAUCUGUGAAUUCUCUCUCUGUGCCAUUGCCAGAGGAUUCCCCUCCAGGGACUGUGGUAGCCAUCAUCAGCGCUGCUGACAAGGAUUCUGCCAACAAUGGACAAAUAAACUGUUUCCUCUGGCCCAUUGGAAUACCCUUCAAACUUGAGUUCACAUUCAAGAAUUACUAUUCCCUGAUUAUUGAUGCACCACUAGAUCGAGAGCAGGUGACUGAGUACAAGAUGAUUGUGACAGUGGAAGAUCAAGGUGUUCCACCACUGUCUUCCAGUCUCACCCUCUUAGUACCUAUCAGUGACAUAAAUGACAAUGCUCCAGCUUUCCCACAGUCCUCCUACACAGUCUUUGUGAAGGAGAACAAUCCCCCUGGUGCUCACAUCUUCACAGUAUCUGCCUCGGACCCAGACAUAGCUGAGAAUGCUCUGAUCACUUACUGGAUAGAUGAGAAUCUCUGGCCAUUGUCAAGCUUCAUCUCUGUACAUUCGGAGAGUGGAAAGCUCUAUGCUUUGCAGUCCUUGGACUAUGAGGAGUUGAAACUGCUGGAGUUCCAGGUGAGAGCCAAGGAUGCUGGAAUGCCCUCCUUGUGUGGCAACACGACUGUUCAAGUCUUUGUGAUGGAUGAGAAUGACAAUGCACCUUCUGUAUCAAGAUCAUCAGAAGAGAACCUGAUUCUUCUAGUGGUCCCUGUGUUGCCUGGGCAUAUUGUAGGCAAGAUCCACGCCUUGGAUGCAGAUUCUGGAUACAAUGCAUGGCUAAGCUAUGAACUGUUUGAAGAAAGCAAUAGUCCAUGGACUGUAGGGCAGUUUAGUGGUGAGGUGAGUACCAAAUAUUCUCUGGAUGAGUCAGAAGUAAGCAAAAUCCAGAGUGUGUUGGUUCUUGUGAAGGAUCAUGGGAAGCCUCAGCUCUCAGCUACAGCGACCCUGAGUGUGUCAUUGGUGACAAAUUCCCAGGCCAUCAAGACAGAUAUUCAUGUCCACCAAUCAGGGGAGAGCUUUGUUCCCCUAGUGGACUCGAUCAAUGUCUAUCUGAUCAUUGCCAUCUGCUCAGUUUCCAGCCUCUUUUUGAUGGCUAUUCUCAUCUAUGUGGCCUUGCGAUGCCACUGCAAAGCAAAGGAAUCCAUGGUGUAUGGCCCUGGCAUGGCUGCCCUGUUUUGUACCAAUGAAGUGGGAAGUUGGUCCUAUUUCAAUCGCCACAGCCAUAUUCUGGCAGAAGUGAAUACAGAGGGUGGUGCCAAGAGUGACCUCAUGGUUUUCAGUCCCAACACUCCUGUUUUUGCAAAUAAUGGAGAACUUCAAAAUGUUACAGGACUGCCUCCAAAUGGAUCUAAAGAGCCAAAACCACCCAAUCCUGAUUGGCGUUAUUCUGCAUCUUUACGAGCUGGAAUACAAGGUGCUGUACACAUGGAAGAGACAGGAGGCCUGCGUGUUGGAUCUGGAGGACCCGAACAGCAGUGGCCAACAGUAUCCAGUGCAACAACAGAACCUGAAGCUGGUGAAGUAUCCCCUCCAGUGGGAGCUGGCGUGAACAGCAACAGCUGGACUUUCAAAUAUGGGCCCGGCAAUUCCAAGCAGCCAGGCCCAAGUGAGUUGCCAGACAAGUUCAUUAUCCCAGGAUCUCCUGCCAUCAUCUCCAUUCGUCAAGAUCCACCAAAUAGCCAAACUGAUAAAAGUGACUUUAUAACUUUUGGCAAGAAGGAAGAGACCAAGAAAAAAAAGAAAAAAAAGAAGGGAAACAAGGCUCAGGAUAAAAAAGAAAAGAUCAACAGCACUGCUGACAACAAUGAUCAGUGAGGGGUUUAUACUGAACAAUCGAUUUAGCCAAUUUUUGCAAUUUGGAAGAACUCUCCCAUGUAGCAACUCCCAACUUCUUCCUGUUAACUAAUUUCCUGUAUGUACAAGACUUCAAAAAAUCUGCAGGGAAUUCACAAUGUCUUUUGCUUGACAGGUUUUGUCUUGAAAGCUUUAUCACACCUGACAUUAACUAUUUUUAUCCACCCUGGCUUAUUUUCAGAUUAUAAAAAAAGCAGAUCUGUUUCUUUUCUCCUACUUUGGAAAAGAAACUUUUCACAACAUAGCCCAAGCAAAAUUGGAAUCUGUAACCCUAUCCUGAUGACAUAUAUGGAGGUGGAGAGGUAAACAGUUUUGUUAUUGUGCACCCUGUAGCUGAUUGAAAACUCCUGUGCACUGAUGGCUGGCUAGGUGAUGCAAGGUCAGGUUAAUAUGAUGCAAAAGCACUCGCAAAACAUGAACAAAUUAAGUUACUUGUUAAAUUAAUGUGCCCGGGGAUCUAAGUUAAAUUUGUGAUUAUUUUGUAUUCCAUCAGAUGUAUCCAUGUAUGUUUUGAGUGCAAGCUUUUCUAUAUUUUGUAUACACACUCCAGCAAAAAAACAAAACAAGUUUAACUCAGACAACUCAUAUGAGAAACCAUGAAGUAUGUCUGCUUCCAAGCCAUUGACCAUAUUGCCACAAUAAGGCCUUUGAUCUCCUAGCAAGGAUGUCCCUCAGGGAACGUCUGCAUGGCAACCUCCCAUAUCCUUGACUCACUACCGUAGAGCUAAACAAGGUGUGUGGAAAAUCUCCCCUUGGGGGAAAAAAACACAAGUAACUUUGGAGAGUGGAGAUUCCUUAUUCAAAUCUUGUGUGCAGCUGUGUGGAUAGAAGUGUCUACAAUCCAGAUAAGUGAAUGGCCCUCUGGGGACAUUGUCCAAGGCUGUUAGGAAACCACCAUGCUGACAAGCUCUCAAAGUUUAACAAAGGAAUUAAGGGCUGACAUCUCAGGAAUGUAAAUGACUGUGAUGUUUCCUUUAUGUCCUUGUUUCCACUCUAUUUAACAUUCCUUUGCACAUAGCAACUCUGAAAAUAUCAGAGUAUUUCCAUAAAACAUAUGCAAAAAUAUAGAAGGAAGUAGUCUUAUCCAUGCUAUUAGUGAUUUAAUAUUUUAUAAAGGGAGAAUAACUGUAAAUGAAAAAAAUAUAAUGUCCUUUACCCCCAAACCGAAGUAAAUUUACAGCCAUUAGAAAAUAUAAUUGCUGCUAAUAAAGUGCUUUAGAAAAAAUGCCUGAAACACUGUAUUAUAUCUGCCAAUCACCGCUUUAUUAUAUCAGGUCACUAGAUUGGGAAUGGGGACUGCCUCUUGCAUGCAUUAAAGAAAUAAAAGAUUUUCUUGCUCUCAUUUUGCUUUCCUUAUUCUGCACUUUGAGUACACUCCUUUUGUAAUAAUAAUAAUCAGGGGAAGUGGAAAUAAAUUCUUUCUCACCAAGCAACUUUACUAAUCUGCUAGCUCUGUUGCGUGUCUUGAUGUAUUUGCCUACAUGAUCUUCUUGGGUUUAGUUUCUCUAAGAUUUUAUGAAUUUCUGACCCUUCAAAUUAUUGCUUAUUAUGUAAAAUUAAAGUACUGUAAGUAUGCAACAUGCUCUUAUAAGUAUCCUAAAAUAUUUGUUCUGUGCUUAUGUAUGUGAAUGUCAAUGCAACUAUUAUCUAGUGUGGACAUUAAGCUUUAGUAGUUGAAUGUAAAUCUGCUAUUAUUUUUUGUACAUUUGUGAACAAGUGGAGUUGCGUUAAUAUUUUUAAGCACUGUUAGUAACCAGUUUUUGUGUAUGAUUUGAAACACAAGUAAAAUACCUUUCUUAAAUCAAGAAAUCAGUAAUUUGCAGGGUAUUAUUUUGAGGUCAGAUAUGAACUGUGACUAAACAGUAAACUAAACAGCAAAGAAAAUAAAUUUCCUGGAUAUUAUAUGCUGCACACAAAGCUGCCUAAAAAUCCACAAGGAAGGCAAGAAUACUCUA